AGAGUGGCCUCCCCUGAUCGCGUAGAGGCAAACGGGAUCACCGCCAUUUUGAGCUCUUAGCUUGCCAGUUCUAGAGUAUUUGAUACGUUAGACGUGUGUCUGAUCUUUUAGCUUAGUUAUUUGGGCCAGGGUUAGGCCUAAGUAGUAAUGCAUGCCUCUCUCAAACCCAAAUAAGCGUACUUUGUCAGAGGAGAACAAAGGAGACACCUGCUCUAACUCCAAACGCAGAAGUGUGGAGAGCAGAAACAGAGGACUGGAUGAAACUUGUGCAACGAUGACAGAACCCCAGAAAAAGGCAAACUUUUCAGCGCUCUCAGGAAAUGGAAUCAGUCGGCAUGCCUCACCGUUGUCGACUACAAAGCCAGGGGCUUCCAAAAAACUUGUUAUAAAAAAUUUUAAAGAGAAGCCCCCGAUUCCAGAAAAUUUUGAAGAGGUAACAUGGCUAAAGCUGGCAGAGGCAGUAGGGGCCAUACAGAGAAGCUGUGCCAUCCGAUAUAGCCUGGAGGAGCUGUACCAGGCUGUGGAAAACAUGUGCUCCUAUAAGAUGGCAGCAGGUUUGUACCAGCAUUUGAAAACAGCCUGCCAGAAACAUGUACGUGCCAGUUUGCAGCAGUUCCUUGGUGAUACCUGUGAACAUGAGCAGUUUUUAAAGCUGAUGAACAACUGUUGGCAAGCACACUGUAGACAAAUGAUAAUGAUCAGGAGUAUAUUUCUUUUUCUGGAUCGCACGUAUGUGCUACAGACAUCGUCCAUUCUAUCCAUCUGGGAUAUGGGACUUGACCUGUUUCGUGCUCAUAUCAUCAGCCAUCCAACUGUUGAAGCUCGCACAGUGGACGGACUACUCAGUCUGAUUGAGCGAGAGCGAUGUGGUGAGACGGUGAACAGACAGCUGCUGAAGAGCUUACUGCGUAUGCUAACAGACCUACAGAUUUACCAGGAUGUGUUUGAGCGCAAGUUCUUGGAGGCAACAGAGCGCCUGUAUGCUGCUGAAGGCCGACAGCUCAUGCAGGAGAGAGAUGUUCCGGAGUAUCUGGCCCAUGUGGACAAAAGAAUUAAUGAGGAGAUGGAGCGUCUACUUCAUUAUUUAGACAGUUCUACAAAGAAACAACUCAUUGCUUGUGUAGAGAGACAGCUGCUAGAGCAGCAUUUACAGCAGAUUUUGCAGAAAGGCUUAGACCAGUUGCUGGAUGAGAACCGUGUAACAGACUUGGGCCUCCUUUACCAGCUGUUUUCUCGAGUCAAAGAUGGACUGAAAGAAUUGUGUUCGGCCUUCAGUGCUUACAUCAAGAAGACAGGCAAGCUUAUUGUUGUCAACCCAACAAAUGAUGCUGAAAAGGACAAGGACAUGGUGCAGCACCUACUAGAUUUUAAAGAUAAAAUUGACAACAUCAUUGAAGUAUGCUUUGGGCAAAACCAGAAGUUUAUAAAUGCUAUGAAGGAAAGUUUUGAGAACUUUAUAAAUCAGCGUCAAAACAAACCUGCAGAACUGAUAGCCAAGUACGUUGACUCCAAGCUAAGGGCAGGCAACAAGGAGGCCACAGAAGAGGAGCUAGAGAAACUCUUGGACAAGAUCAUGGUGCUCUUCCGUUUUAUUCAUGGCAAGGAUGUGUUUGAAGCAUUUUAUAAGAAAGAUCUGGCCAAGCGGCUGCUAGUGGGAAAGAGUGCUUCAGUGGAUGCUGAAAAGUCUAUGCUCUCCAAACUCAAGCAAGAGUGUGGUGGAGGCUUCACUAGCAAGCUAGAGGGCAUGUUCAAAGACAUGGAGCUGUCUAAAGACAUCGUUCUGGCAUUUAAGCAGCAUCAGCAGGUGCUGGACUCUCCAGGGGCCAUUGACCUCACUGUCAACAUCCUUACCAUGGGCUAUUGGCCUACUUACCCUGUUUGUGAGGUGCUUCUCCCAGCAGAGAUGGUACAUCUUCAGGAGGUAUUCAAGAAAUUCUACUUAGGCAAACACAGUGGCCGCAAGCUCCAGUGGCAGCCCACACUAGGACACUGUGUCCUGAAAGCAGAGUUCAACAACUACGCAAUACGGAAAGAGCUACAGGUCUCGCUGUUCCAGACAUUAUGUCUGCUUCUAUUCAAUGAACACACAGAGUAUAGUUUGCAAGACAUCAAAGCUGCCACAGGCAUUGAGGAUACAGAGUUGCGGCGGACUCUACAGUCACUGGCCUGUGGUAAAGCACGUGUCCUGCAUAAAAUUCCAAAGGGUAAAGACGUGGAAGAUGGAGACAAAUUCCAGUUCAAUGAUGAUUUCAAGCACAAGUUAUACCGUAUCAAGAUCAAUCAGAUUCAAAUGAAAGAGACUCAAGAGGAAAAUGUUUCGACGACAGAGCGAGUCUUCCAUGAUCGACAGUAUCAGGUGGAUGCAGCCAUUGUGCGCAUCAUGAAAACACGCAAGACUCUUCCUCACAACCUUCUUAUUUCAGAGUUGUACAACCAGCUUAAGUUUCCAGUCAAGCCUGCAGAUCUGAAGAAACGAAUUGAAUCUCUCAUUGACAGGGAGUACAUGGAGCGUGAUAAAGAUAACCCAAACACCUACCACUAUGUGGCUUGAAACCCCUCCUGACACCAUUGCCCUACAGGUCACCUGGCUCUCCAUUUUUUGUGACAUUUCCUUAUGUUGAACCCCACUGUCCCUCCUAGUGCCCCCAACCCUCCUCCACCAGUUGCACAGGAUGGGCUGCUUGUUUUGUCACCUUCGUGUCAUCAGAAAAGCGGAGGGUUGCAAAGGCCUGCCUUUAGAUCAGGUACAGCCCCUGACUUCCACUUGACUGGUGUGUGUCCUGUCUGCAGGCUGGCAUGAAGCCGGCUAGAUUCUUGUUCCCAUGUGACUGGCAUUCAACUGCUGGCUUAUCUAUAUCUACUGUGACUGUUCUGAUGUGGCCACCGACAGUGAUAUGUAUGCUUGCUGACCGAAGAAGUGAGACUGAAGUGUUUGGAAGAGAGUAUCUGUGAGGUUGAGCAUAAAAGACAAGAAAACAUGAUGGCAUGGACUUUUGUAUUUGUGAGGGUGGCGUUCGUGUGCAGCACAGAGACCUUUGCUGAAAUAGUGCAGGCAUGUGUACAUGUGUGCAGGCAACAUCAUGCAUGUGGAUGUACAGAGAAAUGAACAUCUACAGAUAUCCUGAUAUACACAAUUUGUUAUAUCAAUAGUCAAAAGACUGUUUACAAUGAAUACAUGUAUUUGCCUGGUACUGUUAUUUAUUAGUUUUUUGUUUAUUUUGUACAGGUUGGAGAGGUGCUCACAGGGUGUUGUGCCACUUUGCAAAUUUAAAUGAUUGGUUAGUUUAGUGUUCUUUAUAAGAAAAACAGUAAACUAGGUUUACCUUUCAUAGCAAAUUUUUUUUAACCCUGUUCACUUUUUUAUGCUAAUUGCUUGUAGAGGGCACAGCAUGUACUGAUGCAUUUGAGAAGAACAUAAUCAGUAAAUGACAAAACUGUUGCCCGGAAAAUCAAGAAGGGUCGUAGGUCUUUUGGUACCAUGUCUUACAUGCCAGGUUUAGCAAGAUCCAGAUUUUGCUGGCUAGCUGCAAUUGAGAGAUGCAUGGUUACUUUUUGCAAGUGUAAUCUUUAAAACAUUAAAUAUUGUCCUGUUUGAUUUCUUUUGUUUGUUGGUUUUUUCCACCAAGGGCCAUUCUAAAAUCAUGUGGAAAAAGUGGGGAUAUUAAGUGAAGGUGUGUAACAUCAAAAUAUGCUUUAUAGGAUUAAAAAAUAAAUUUGUACAACAGUGAUCUUUAGCAAGACUGCAUCUUGCAAGAACUGAUCACCAUUGAGAGAUGGUAUGUUUUGUUAAAAUCUCAUUCUAAGAAAAUGGCUGUUGUAGUGCUGAUGCAACUGUGUUUUUGUUUUCCAAAUAAGAAUUAUUUUACUAGUUACAUGAGUUACCGUAUUAACAAUACUUCCAACUAUUCACUGGUACUUUGUUAAUAAACAUGCCCUGUUGUGCUUGAUAAUGCAUCUGGGAUGUCAUGUUCUGGGACCAGGGUGUGCCAUAGUAGGAAGGUCAGCAUGAGUGGUUGCUAUCUAUUCAGGUUUGCCAAACAUCUGACUGUUGAAACUGUAGAUUAAUGGUUUACAGUUAUCCUGCUACAAUCAGGAGUUCAUAGGUCGUAAAGGAAUUUUUCCAUGGGAGAUUUUUCUUGGGAGUGUUGAUUGACUUUGCAACACCCAAAAGCUUCAUCAUUAACGCAUGUUCAAUCCUUUACCUUGAGAAAGCACAGAAUUAGCAAAACUAAUAUCAUUUUGAUUUUGUUGUUGGUGGUUCCUAGGUGACCUAAAUCGAAAUGUGAUUUUGACGGAAAUGUGCAUGUUGGCAAGGAUGGAGGGAGGUACUUUAUCAGUUAAAACUUAAUCACAUUUGGCUGUAGUCAGCAGUGCACACUUUUGUGAUGAUCCUUACUGUGGGUAAGUCCCAGAUCUAAUUCUUUAAAAUAAAACCUAACUUUGCUCAAGACUUGAUAAUAUUUAGUAUACCGUUUGCAAUUUCUGUCUGCAAACGUGUAAAAUUUCUUUGUCGCAUCUCUCCUAAAGUCUGUAAAAUGUAAAUUAGACGAGAUCGACUUCUCACAACAGAUGAUAUUCCUGCAAUCAAAGGAAGACUCUUCUUGGUACUACGUUGAUUUUCCAUGGAAGGCUUUCGUACUUUUUUUUUUUUUUUUUUUUAAAGAUGACGUGAAUCAAAAGGGUUGGCUAGAAAAGUGUGUUGGUUUGAUAGCUGUAGAAUGGGCCUGUGAGAAAUGGAGUAAAGUGCCAUUCAUGUGAAAUCACAGAUAUGACCUCUUGUUGCGGACACACCAUUAAGCCACAAUAGCCAAUGCAUGUGAAAAACCCAAAAUGUUUACAGUAAGACAGAUGUGAUGGCAAGUCAAGGAGUAUCAUACUGUGUCUACAAAUUACAAAAAAUGGUAUGGGAGGGCUGUACGGUGUGACCAGCAUGUUGAAUGAGAGUUGGUGAUGAAUAGCUGUUGAUGAUUGCCAGUCUUGGUGAUGUCAGCAGAUGUGCUACUCUACAGUGAGAUGUGGGUAAUGUAUAAUCAAUCAAGACUUUAUAAACCCAACUUUGACACAUUGUAAAAGAAUGGCCUAAAGGUACUAAUUUCCAUAUGGUUUGAACAAAUGAUUGAAUUGGUGCAUGCAAUAAAUGGAUUAUGAAACCAGCUGGUCAUAUCCAUUGUUGAGAAAUGACAGGAGAAAAAAAAAUAUCUAUGAAGGAAGUAUAUCUGGACUUAAAAAUAUGUGACAGCAUCGUGCUUGGUUGAUGUCAAGUGCAAUGACACAAAAUGAUCAAACCAAGGUAAUUUCAACAUAUACAGUAAUUCUUCUAUUGCCAUUGCCUGUUCAUGCUAGAACAUGAAUUAUUUACCAUUAUGUUUAGGCCAUUUUUAAUUAAUAUUGAUAUUACUGCUUUUUUUAAAAACAAUUUUACUUGUUCUAAGUCAUUUUCAAAAUGAUAUUUCAAGCCAUUGCCACUGAUGCAUAAAACAUGACAAUGGUUCACAGUAGAUGGUUGAGACAUCACAACUGUGAGUUCAGCACUGACCACAGAACUUUGGUAAAUAAAUAUGCUGGCUGCAUG